AAAUCUCCCGCCCCAUCCGCUAUUCUUUUUAAACCAAGGCAGGACUUCUCUCAUUUACUUUAUCAGCGUAGUCGGUGCUGUAACCCUCUGCCUUAACAUCCCGCAACAAAGAUGGUCAGGACGAAAGCCGACAGUGUCCCCGCAACAUACAGAAAAGCUGUUGCAGCGGCUGCACCCCGGAAGUCUCUGGGUGCCAGUUCAUCUAAUUCCUCCUGCAGCAGCCAGGCAUCCACUCCUGCUAAGGGCAAAUAUGCUGGGGGUAACCCAGUGUGUCCCCGUCCCACACCGACCUGGCAGAAGGGCAUCGGGGACUUCUUUGGUGGUCCCCCAAGAAAGCCAGAGAAGGAGAACCAGAUGCCCCAGGAGGUAGAGGACAAUGAAGAGGCCGGAGGCAGUGGGAUGUCAAAGGCCAGCAGGAAGUCCAGACCGCUGCCUGCUGAGGAUGAGGAUGAUGAAUAAAGACAAUUGAUAACUGAAUGGUUAAGAGUCGUGUUUGGUUCCGCCAGCUUCGUGGCAUUCUUAUUGUACAUCUGUAUAUAUAAUUUCUGUUGAAUUCAAUUUGUAUAGUUCAAUAAACAUGAUUUUAACAUUUUUA